CUCUUGCCUCUCUGCAUCUCUCCAUCUUUUUCAUCUCUCUAAAAAAAGACUGGGCGUGGCAGGAAGCGGGAGAGCCAAAGGACAGAAAGGAACACAGAAGAGGGAGAAGUCAGGCAGCUCCUAAAGGCUUUUCCUGAACAUUUCCAGAGCAUCCUUCUGAUUACGAUAGCAGCAUGGCUGAGGGCUCUGUGUCGAUCGCAGAGGUGGAGAGCUCCUUCCAGAAGUUUGCCAUCCACGGAGAUACCAAAGCCAGAGGGAAGGAACUAAACGGCAAGAACUUUGCAAAGCUCUGCAAAGAUUGUCACAUCACUGACGGCAAGAAUGUCACCACCACGGAUGUUGACAUUGUUUUCAGUAAAGUCAAGGCAAAGUCAGCUCGUGUGAUCACAUUUGAGCAGUUCAACCAGGCCAUAACAGAGUUGGCCCCUAAGCGCUUCAAAGGCAAGAGCAAAGAGGAAGCCCUUCAGCAGAUCUAUGGUCUCAUUGCUGGAAAGGAACCUUCCAAUGUUGGAGUGACGAAAGCGGCAAAGGCUGCAGCAGUGGACAGACUCACUGACACCACCAAGUACACAGGUUCACACAAGGAGCGCUUUGACGAUUCAGGCAAAGGCAAAGGAAAGGCUGGGCGGGAGGAAAUCCCCGACACCAGUGGAUAUGUGUCCGCUUACAAGGGCAGCGGAAGCUACGAGGAUAAAGUCAAAAAUGCAUGAUCACGCUAAAAGACCAAAGAUAAAAUAGUUGCUGUGUAGUGUAACUCUGCUUUGUGCUUCGUAUUAACACUGUGCCUUACUAUGAUUAUACCAGUGAGUAUACAUGCGCCUGCCUUCCCUUGAUACCACGUUAACUGAGCUAGAUUAAAAUAAAUGCCACCUGUUUACUUGCUAAGCUAAAGAGCAGUGAUUGUUCUAACAACGCCUUACUAAUCUCAUCAUGGAACUAAUUCAUAGUAAAAAUGAAUCAAUUCUUUACAUCUUUUUUCAUUCUUGAUAAUGUAAAAUAACAAAUGAAGAAGUAAGAAUGAAGGGUUACUGAUGAAAGUAGGAAGUUAAAGCAGCAACUUUCAUGGAAGCUGGAGGGUUUACAGAACCAUGUCAUUUCAGACACAUAAAAUAAAAGAAAUACUAUUUUAGUUUUUUGAGUCUGACAUAUUUAUUAUCCCUAUAAACAGAUCCCAAAAGUACAUUUUUGACGAUUUUCCAAUUUUUUGUGUCAUAUUUGAUAUACUGGAUAGUUAUGACAGUUCAUUGAUGACACUGAUGGCAUAUGAAUCAAAUAUGAUACAUUUAACUUUAUGAGGUUAAAGGAAAAAUAUUGAUAAAGAAAAAGUAAAGUCAUGAUCAAAAUUUUGGGGAAAAUAAAGAACUGAAGAUGUGUAAUUUGGUGAGCUGUGCAGACUUGCAGGGUCAUGCAACCUCAUAGGCCCAGUUCAUAGUUGUCUUUAUUUAGCCACAACUGUACUUUGUCGAAUUUUUAUUUUUUUUACUCUCAAGUUGAGAAACGACAUCUGCACCCUUAUGCUAAUUAUAAUUUUCAAGGGUUACUGAGUGACGAUGACAAAAUGUUGAGCAGCUAAAAUCUUGUUCUUAGCAAGAAUGAACAACGUCUUCUCCUGCAAAACUUCAGCUAUUAGUAUAAUCAGUUCACAAAUAAUAAAAACGUGUAAUGAAAUGUAAUUAAAUUUUUUUUAUUGACCCUAUAUAUAUAUAUAUAUAUAUAUAUAUAUAUAUAUAUAUAUAUAUAUAUAUAUAUAUAUUAUAUUAUAUUAUAUUAUAUAUAAAUUCUAAAGCAAUGGUGGUCAGUGAAACACUGAAAGAUCAUCUACUCUGUAAAUUUUUUUUUUAAUAAGGUUCACACGUCAACACGUUUUUUUUGUUGCUGUUUAAACUGUUUUCAUCACCUGGAGAUUGUACAGAGACACGCAAUGUAACAUUGUUAUCUCCUCCUUUUCAACAUUUCACAUCUCUGGUCUUUACUCAUGAAUAUGUUGUUCAUUUUAUCAUGUUUGAUUUCAUUCCCAGGUUGAAGGAAUAAAUAAUGCAUUAAAAGAA